AUGGCGUCAAGCAACAACAUUCAGGCAAUACCUCGCCACCGCAGGAGGGGGACUCAGACGAAACACUCUGGUGAUGGCAGUUGCAGUUCCCCAGUGAAUUCUUGGGAAUUAGGUUCCAAGAAAAAUGAGGUUUCUGCGAGGAAGCUCGCUGCUGGGUUAUGGCAGAUGCAGUGUAUGCAAGUCUCAAGGGAUCAUGCUGCUGCUUUCGGACGCAGCUCGCUUCCUUCCUCCGUGUCGCAGCUGGCUAAUGGAAAUGUAAGGAUCAGGUUUCUCCAUUAUGACAAACCUGAAGAAAAGUUUCAAGAUACCAAAGAUCAGCUAAAGAGGCCAAUAACCAUCUUGCGUUCAAGAAACAGACUUCGAUGUGAGCUUGAAUCUUCUAUACCACAUCUCAAUGGUUCAAAAGGAGUGGCCACAAUAUGGAACCCUACUCGCAAUGAAGCAUCCAAUGAGUUUAUCAUGAUCCAUAGCAGGAAGCUUCUUGAAGACAAAAAAGUAGUAGGUAACCAUAACUCUGUUGUAUCCACUUUGCUUGAAGAACUCCUUCAAGCUCAAAGAUCCAUCAAUAAACUCAAAGCAGAACAGAAGUCCCUCAAGAAAAAUGUUGAACAUUUUUUGCAAAACCUUAAAGUGGAAAACAUCUUUUUGAAGCACAAGGAACACUACAAGAUUAAAGCAACAUUAGAUGACUUAAAGGGUAUGUUGGAAAGGGAAAGAAGAAGUAGAGAGAGGAUGGAGUUACUUAACACCAAAUUGGUGCAUGAACUAGCUGAAGCCAACUUAUUGGCCAAGCAGUUUAUGACAAACUGCGAGAAAGAAAAGAAAGAAAGAGAACUAAUGGAGGAAAUGUGUGAAGAACUAGCCAUGCAAAUAGGAGAAGACAAGGCUAAGUUCACAGUAGUACUAAGCGAAUCCAUGAGAAUUUGCGAGAAAGUGGAAGAAGAGAGGAACAUGAUGCAAAUGGCUGAACUGUGGCGUGAAGAACGCGUGCAAAUGAAGCUUGCUGAUGCACAACUUGUUCUUGAAGACAAAUAUAACCAGUUGGUGCAACUUUAUGCUUCUCUCGAAAUGUUCUUCAUGUCAAGGGGUACUGAACUUGAAACUACGGAGCUAGAGGAUGCUGAGUCGAUCAAACAAGAAGUUGAAUCAAUAAAUUAAAUAUUCAACGUGUUAUGGAGCUUUCUUUUGAUGCUUAAAACUCCCAAGAUAUAGUUCAUCACAUUCUUGGAACAUGGUAUGAACAGGUUUUCUGCCUUAGGUCGAGACAAUAAACCACACGUGUCUAGAACAACAGUUUGGUUGUAAUUCAUCUUUUCAACCUUUCAAUCGUUUCUAUGCAGAGGAAGAAAUAAGAAAAGAACAAAAUUAAAGAAGUUGAU